GUCGGCCCAAUCAGCGUGGCCAGCUUGUCUCACAAAUGCUAGGUGGUGGUCAUGCGCCGGCAGGGCUGAACAUGGUGAUGAUCACUGUGGGAGCUCUGAAGUCCGAGAACGUGCAGGUCAUCCAGUCCUGGGUCAAGCAAGUGACGACGCAGGGAGGGCAGGGCGUCCACUUGGGCGACAAAGACGCGACUGGCAUUGCCAAGGCCUUCGAAGUGGUAGCCGAGUUCCUUGCAGCGGAAGUCGGUGGUGCAACCGAGUGCUGA